CGUAGCUAUUCUUUUACCCGCCAACCAGUCAAUGUCCCCAGAUCAAUCCGCCGUGGGUAAAUCCGCCUUCUGAUGAGGAAGCGGCCCUCGCGACAGAGGAAACACGCUCCCGGUGUGCGCGUGCAACGCUUCGAACAAUACAGGAAGGUUAAGAGAUGUCUGGUGGUGGUGUGAUCCGCGGCCCUGCUGGAAGUAAUGACUGCCGCAUCUAUGUUGGUAAUCUGCCCCCCGAUAUCCGCACCAAAGAUGUUGAAGAUGUGUUUUACAAGUACGGAGCCAUUCGAGACAUAGAUCUGAAAAACCGGCGAGGCGGACCUCCAUUCGCCUUUGUUGAGUUUGAAGACCCCAGAGAUGCUGAAGAUGCUGUAUAUGCCCGGGAUGGCUAUGACUAUGAUGGCUAUCGGCUUCGAGUGGAGUUUCCGAGGAGUGGACGGGGUAUGGGGAGAGGAGGUUUUGGAGGUGGUGGUGGUGGCGGCGGCGGGGCUCCCAGGGGUAGAUACGGACCCCCAUCCAGGCGUUCUGAGUACAGAGUAAUUGUUUCAGGGCUUCCACCAAGCGGCAGCUGGCAGGAUUUGAAGGAUCACAUGCGUGAAGCAGGUGAUGUAUGUUAUGCUGACGUUUUCCGAGAUGGAACUGGUGUGGUGGAGUUUGUCCGAAAAGAAGACAUGACCUACGCCGUACGAAAACUGGAUAACACAAAAUUCCGGUCCCAUGAGGUUUGGAUUGGAGGAGAGACUCAGUGGAUGCCGGAUCACUGGGAUCAGUACAUAAUGAAGAUAGGAUAGGGAAUGCUGGAUACAAGGAACAAGAUCAUUUGCUCCAGGAUCAUAGGAUUUAAGACCAGUUCAAAAGUGUCCCUCCCUGUCCCCUUUAUUUGGAAAAUGUACACAAUUUGGCCCUUCAAUUCUUUUUUUUUUUUUCUUUUUUUUUUAAACACAUUGGAGGAACAGAUGCUGGAGCAGUCUAUUGGGAUGGAUUCAACAGGAACAGUAUGGUAAACUGAGGGAAGUACAUUAGGGAUGGGGUUGUACUUAGGCAUUUUUAGAUUUCUACUGUCCAGUUACGGACUUUAAUAUCAGUAGCAUUUGUUUUUGUUUUUAAGUGAACAGUUUUUUUUAAUUUGCAGCAAUAAAGGUUUCAUUGGUACAUAAAUCAGUGUUUGGUGCAUUCUUUUGCCUUUUCAGUAAUGCUGAAUUAAUGUUAUGAAAUUGUUUGGAUAAGCCGCUCCCAAGUUACGUUGCUUGGUA